ACAUAUAAUAGGAGAAAAUAUUUUCCAGAGGAAAAUUUCUUCUGCUGGACAGAGGAAAACCACUUCCUUCAGGAAGGGAAUAAUUUCUUAAAAUCAAGUGGCAUGUCCCUCAAUGCACCUGCAUGUCUCACCACAGUGGUUGCCCUCUCUGUAUCUACCAGGUCCUGUCCUAAAUCUGCUAAGAUCACUGUUCACCUCCUUGCUCUUGUGCUACUUAUCUGUGCAAUCAUCCCUGCCUUCUCCAUCCAGGGUGUAGAGAGCCUGUCGACUCUGCUGUUGGGGAGGGCCCAGGGCGAGCAGGUGAGUAUAGAGGGCGAAGCACCAAUUCAUCAUCAUGACAGGGAUUUUUAUGGCGGAAAAUGGGAUAGCAGAUCUGAACAUUUUGAUGAUUGCCUCCAGAAGCUCAACGAUGCCUCUGAUUCUUUCAACAUGUAGAAGUUCAUCAAUCGGGUCACUGUCGAUUAUUGGCCAGACUGGGAAGUUGAGCUUCGUUGGUGGCAUUUGGCUUCUGGUGAGUAGCAGAUCUCAAGCUGCAAACUGAUUGAGUAAUGGAGAUCAACACUGCAGAGAGAGAGAGAGAGGUAAUUCAUUGGUAACUGAACAGCCAGGAAAGGGGGUUUGAAAAAUGGGAAAGGGAACUAGAAAAUGCUUACCUUCCGGCCUGCCUGUUUGUUUCUUCUGUAUGGGCAUAAAGGGCAUAAACACAUUUCGUUUCAUAGAAUUUAAGCAAAUCAAACACAGGAAUGAUGCAUGAUAGUAAUGUGAUUAUAGAAAUAUAAAUAUUCCGGUAAUCUCAUUCUUAACUGGAAUGUCAAAUUCCAUGAAGCAAACACCCCCUUUGCAAAUUGGCCUCUAAUCAUAAAAUGCUUCACUCUUUUUGGGAUGAAUCCUCUCGAACAUGGAUGGCUCACUUACGAUCUCCUUGCUGCCAAUCCAUUUAGCUAGUAGAAGACAUGGUGCUAUGGUGCAGGCCACUGAUUCAAAGGAUGUGUGAUUAGAACCUCAUCAAAAAAUUUAUUGCAUUCCUAAUUCUGAACAGGUAGUUUCAGAAUUGCUGAUGCUUCAGAUUGGUUUCAACUAAUAAUAAAUAGCUUGUACUUCUGCAGUUUUGGCUACCGGUGUCUGGUAGAAAUCAUAUGCUGUAAUUUUCCUUUACCUGAGUAAGAUAUUGAGACUUGUCAGAGAGAAUCAAGGAUAUUAUCUUAUUGUUUCUUAUUGAAGCUAUCAUUUCA